CAAAACAUAAUUUAUAAAAGAGUGAUCUCCUACGAAAUUCAAACUCAUAUUUAUGUUGGUUUUUUCCAAGAGAUUAUAUACUUCAAAAAAUGCCUCAAGAAUUGCUAGUUGUCAAAAAUUUCGUAAAUGGUAAUUUUGUUGAGUGCAAACGAUACCUUGACAGCACCAACCCUGCUAAUGGGGAAGUUUAUGCUCGAAUACCUGAUAGUGACCUUGAUGAAGUAAUCGAAGCUGUAGAGGCUGCUAAAAAUGCAUUCAAAGAGUGGUCCAUCUUAAACCCAGUAAUUCGAUCAAGAAUUUUAUCGCGGGUUGCAGAUAUUUUAGAAUCAAGAUGCCAUGAGUUCGCAGUUGCAGAAUCGAAAGAUCAAGGAAAGCCAUUGUGGUUGGCAGAAUCCAUAGAAAUUCCUAGGGCUGUCACGAAUUUCCGUCACUUUGCUAACACCAUAUUAUGCGAUAAAGAUAUAUGCAUAAACCAAGUCGAAGAUGGUUUUCUUAACUAUACUACACGUUCACCGUGUGGGGUGGCAGCUAUUAUCGUACCCUGGAACCUGCCAUUGUAUUUGCUAACAUUUAAACUAGCACCAGCCUUAGCAUACGGAAAUACAGUGGUUGUUAAGCCAAGCGAAUUCACAUCCGUCACUGCAUGGAUGCUUUGUUCCAUUUUAAGAGAAGCUGGUGUUCCGAAUGGUGUUGUAAAUGUGGUGUUUGGCUAUGGUCAUAUUACAGGUGAAGCCCUUAUCAAGCAUGCUGAUAUUCAUAUUAUAUCUUUCACAGGGAGUGACAGUGCGGGGCUACAUAUAGCCAGCAUAGCUGGUAGUAUGGCCAAAAAGGUUUCUUUAGAGAUGGGUGGUAAAAAUGCAGCUAUUGUAUUUGAUGACGUUGACCUUGACAAAUGCAUCCCUGAUCUAAUUAAGGGGAGUUUCUUGAAUCAAGGCCAAAUUUGCUUGAGUACGAGUCGAAUAUAUAUUCAUAACAACAUUUUCUCUACAUUUGUAGAAAGAUUUGUGGAAAGUGCAAAGAAAAUCAAAAUUGGCGAUCCUUUAGAAGAAGAUGUGUGGAUGGGGCCCGUGUGCAGUAAACAGCAUUUUGAAAAGAUAAAACACUAUCUUAGAAUAGCCAAAGAAGAAGGAGCGACGUUUUUAACUCAAUGGGACCAACUGAAUCUACCGGAGGAAAAUAAAAAUGGAUACUUUGUGGGACCGACCGUGCUCAUUGGACUUUCAGACGAUAGUCGGUGCAUGCAGGAAGAAAUAUUUGGGCCUGUUACCUGUUUAACUCCUUUUGAAGAAGAAGCUGAAAUUAUUGACAGGGCCAACAAAGUGAAUUAUGGUUUGAGUGCAUCCAUAUGGACAAAUGAUGUUCAACGGAUACACUCAAUUGCACCGAAAUUGGAGGUGGGAACCGUCUGGUGCAAUUGCUGGCUCGUGCGAAAUCUCCACAUGCCUUUUGGUGGGCUAAAAAGAUCUGGUUUGGGUAGGGAAGGAACUGAAGAUUCAAGAGAAUUUUAUACCGUGAAGAAAACAAUUUGCGUCAAUUACAAGAUGAAAUGAAAAUUUUCAUCAACUCUGGUGUUCGUUAUUUUAAGAAGUGAAAGUGGUAGUCUAUAAACUAGGCUAGACGAUGAAUCGUUAUGCGAAGAAUAAGUGCAGCUAUUGGUUCUUUGUAUAGUCGUUCAGAAGAAGUUCUUUUAUGUCGAAGUUCAGAACCUCUAAAAUAAGUAGAGGAAUGAUAAUUUAGAGUUAAAAAGCUUGGAAUUUUAAUGCUAUGGAAAUUCAAAGCAAAGCAAGCAUUUGUUUAGACCAGGGAUGGGCAAACUUUUUUGGUCGAGGGCCAAAAAUCAAGAAAAAAAAUAUUUGGUGGGCCAAGUAAGAUCUUCAAAAUUUAAGAAAGAAAAAAAAGCGAUAUACAA